AUGUCCAGCCCCCUCUUUAUUCAACUGAAUCUGGAUGAACUGGAGCUUCCGUGUGGGGAAGACCAAGGCUGGAAUUUGUCUCUGAGUCCAGCACUGUGUAAGGCUCACAACCAGGCUGUAUCUAAUGGUUUCUCUCUCUGUGUCUGGCUUUCAGUGAGACGGGGCUUCGCAGUGCUGGAAGAUCGCAGUCUGGCCCACAACCUUCAGGAGCAGGAGAUCGAGCAUCACUUGGCUUCCAACGUGCAGCGGAACCGCCUAGUGCAGCAUGACCUGCAAGUGGCCAAGCGACUGCAAGAGGAGGAGGACCACAAAGCCCAGCUUCGCCUUCAGAAACGCCAGCGAGAAAUAGAGCGGCGUGACAACCAGAUGGCCCAGGUUAUUCAGGACGAGCUGGCAUUGCAGGCGGAGCAGAGACGGCAACAGGAGGAGACCGACGAGGCAAUUGCUCGCAAACUGCAGGAGAAAGAGGAGAGGAGGAGGAAAAAACAUCACCAGGAUAACACCAGUCAAGACCCCCAACAUCACCAGGAUAACACCAGUCAAGACCCCUACCACAUGGAAAGCUUUGAUGAAAGCAAGGACCCCACAAAGAGCAAGCAGCAUGGCGCGGGCUCCACGAGACGCCAGCUGCACGCCAGCCGCUCCCAUAACAGUAGACGUUCGACACUCAAAAGAGAGAGCAAAUUAAAAGCCACCUCACAGAGGCUCUCCUCGGUCACAGACAUCAACACUGAGCCUGGGUUCUCCCAGCCCCAGUGCUCAGACACUGACCGCCAUGGUGAUUACUACCCAGAUAUCCACGCACUCAAACACCAGAGAGACUCUCGCAGGAGAGAGAAGCCAGUCAGGCCGCCUCCUCCCACCUUUAGUUCAGAUUAUGAAGCAGCCUCCAGCUACCAAAAUAAAGGAGCCCGGCCUAAAGUGAUCCAGGUGAACGGCCGUCACAGAGACACGUACAAACACAGGCGUGCGGACAAGCCCAGGGCUUCCCACAGGAAGCGGAGUCCCAGCGAGGUAUACGAGCACUGGCCGAGGGGAGCGGAGGGAGGCCUGGACACAGAGGAGUGGCUGGAACGGGAGCUGGUGCCCACGAGGCAAGGAGAGGAUACCAGGGAGAAAGCAGCACGUUCCCGGUCGCCAGGCGAUUUUAGGAGUGAACAGCGAGAUGCAGAACAAGUGGGUUUGAGGCUGGAAUCUGGAGUGAAAGAGGUGACACAAGGGAUUUGCCAGCUGAGUGCCAGUGAGUGGGAACAGCGAGAUGCCGAGCUGGCUCGCAAGCUGCAGGAGGAGGAGAUGCUGGCCACCCAAGAGGCCCAGAAGGAAGCUCAGAAGGCAGCCCAGAUGGCACAAGAUGAGGAAAUCGCUCGAUUACUGAUGGAGAAGGAGAAACGGGCUUACAGGAAACACAAGGGGGAGUCUGGGCGAGCGGCAGAGGACGAGGGGAGAAAGAGAUCAUCCGAACGGAAACCACACGAGCACGAUAAGAAGUAUGAGGCAGGUGAUUAUACUAGACCAAAGAUGUGCGACGGGCCAGAAGCAGGCCUGGGGAAGCCUGAAAGACCAGUCAGGCCUCCCGGCCCCAAGAAGGACUCUGAUGACUUUGAUUUAAAUUACAAGUCAUCCCCUCAACGCCCUCCUCGCCCUUCUUCAAGGUCUACUGAGUCUUCACAGAAAGCUUCCUAUUACAGGCAGUGAGAGGCUGGGAGUGAGCACCAACCCUAACCA